GUGUACCAAGCGCAGUUUCAUUGGCACUGAAGGAACACAUAAUUAAGUAUGAAAGCAAACCCGUUACCAUUGGUAUUGUAUCAACGUCACUCCUUUAUGAUGACGUGUCCGACGUCAUUGAUGGAAAGCCAGUAACAUAUACUGUAACAAAGGGAGAUCAACUUGAUGCUACUCAUUCGCAUUUUAUAAUUAUUGCUUCGGACUCGAAAAAUGAAAACUCUGAAAUUACAAUAAAAAAGAAGCUUGAAAAACUUCUUUCAAAGGGUGGGAAGAAUCUGGCAAAAAUUAGAGAAACAACAAAUGCGAUGAAUGAUCUAGAAGCCAUUGCCAACAAAACACUGCGACGUAAGCCCAGUAUGAAACUCGAAAAAAGCGAGAAUAGUAGCAUCUCGAAUGUGGAAAUGACGAUGGUAGAGAAGAUAGCCCGACAGCAACCUAUACCUAUAGUAGUGUGUGUAGUCGGUGGCGAUAUGGAAUCGAUAUUGACACUUUCGGAGGAUUUAGAGUAUAAAAAGGACACUUCCACUAUUAUGCUGUUGUUUGAGGGUAGCGGUGGUGCUGCUGACAUUAUGGCUUUUGCCGUCAGGACAGCCAAUGAGUUCGGUGAAACAUCAGAGGAUUUUAGAAAGCGAGUUCGAAUGCGAAUGAAAUCAUUCUUAUUUUCCCAAGUACGUCGCAGCAGCAAGCUUCCAGCCAGUAAAGAUGAACUCUUUAACUACCUACAACGGUUUGCAUCUCUUCGAAUGAAGGUGCAUAUCU